AUGCCAAAUCAACAGCAAAAAAGAGCAUAGUCAACUAAUUAGAGAUCACAUAAGAGAAUUCCGAGCAAAAAUGUAAUGGACUAAACAUUUUUAUUAGCACAAGCACUUCUCUAUAACCCAUCAAUAUGUAAUAUUGUUUGCAAAGAUUUAAAUAUUACUUAAAAUACUUAAAAGCCAAUCAGGCAUUCUAGAAAACGCUCUCUAAAGAAUUAAAAUAGCUCAUCAAAUGCUAAUCUAAGUAGAAGAUCCUAUGAAAAUACUUAGACGGUAAACUUAAUAAAAUAACUAAAGCUCUAGAAUGAGAUCGCUACUCUUUAAUCACAAUAGUUAAAUAAAAUUAUUGCCAACUAGAACAUAAGCCCUAACAAAAGCUAAGCAUUGUUAGCCCCUUUUCAAAACAAACAUCCUUUGAUACAUGAAUUUAAAAUGAAAGAGCCGAGCAUCAAUCUUAAAUAUCAAAAUAUGAUUAUUCAAAGGCCAAAGUCAUAGAUAAGAAGCUAGAGAGGCAUGAAUCAAACACAUGGAUUGGACUUUAAUAAGAUUGACUUCAGUGAUUAAGGAUAGUUCUUCAAAUACAUUUAAAGCAAAGACAGAGGAGCAACAGGUUUGAAUAGUGAUUUAUAAAGUGAUAGAUACGAAGAUUAUCUAAGAGGAGACUUUCAGAGAAUGGGUAUGAGUGCUGUUCCUGAUAAUAGAUUUAAUGCAACAACACAGCUAGUGAAAAAUACAAGUUAUGAUUUUCCAACAUAGAUGUCAUAGCAGCCUAGAUUCAGUAGGCCGACAACAGCAGCAUCAAAUUAUCAACCAGAAUUAAUCAAGAGAUAUUCAUAAAACGAAGAUCAGGUCCCAUUCUAAUUAAGAUAAAAUUUAAAUGAGCCGCGAUUAAUUUAGAAAGAAAGCAGCUAUGGUUAACAUUUGUUUACUGAUGCUCAAGAUACAAUUGGUAAUAAUUAGUAAAGUAUGCAACAGAAUACCUAGCUGACUCAAUAAAACUCAAUCUAGCUAAGUCUAUAUCACAGGUAAUAGCAGAGACCUAAAUCAGCUAGUUAUGAGAAUAAGAAAUUCAGAUAAGGAUAAAAAUAAACAGGGAUGCAAAUGCCUUAUGAUAGAAAUAAGAUUUAAACUUAAAUUACAGAAUCUCAUCAUAACCAAGGAAUAAUUUCAUCAGAUGCCAAUGAUUUGAAAACACAAUCAAUAUAAUUAUCCAAUGGAUAGUAACUUCAUUUUAAACCACCAAGAGCUUCAAAGAAAAUGGAUUCUUAACAUUAGGUAUCAUAAUCUCAGUUCUAUUAAGAUUACCUAGAGAGGGGUGCCUACAUCUAGAGUAUGAAUCACAGCGAAAUGAUAACUGAGUAGAAUAUCUUGGAUGAAACUGAUACUCAUAAGUAUAUGUAUAAUAAUAGACAGAUUCACCCAUCAUAAGAUCACUCUCACUAAUCUAAUGUUGAUCUUGAUAUUGAGGUACACAAUGUUGAUCUAAAUGCCAAAGAAGUUAAACAAAAUAAGCUUGUCGACAGAAGUAUUUAAUAUUCUGAAAGAUAGAGUGACAUGAAUUUGAUGAUAAAUCGUCGGAAUUCACAGUCGAUAAACAAAAGCUAAGAUGUAAAUUCUCGAAGGCCAAGUUUAAGGUCAGUAUCAAAUAUGAGCUAUAAUAAAUAAGGCACUGAGCUUGCAGUUGCGAUGCCUAAAAUAGUUGAAUAAUCUACUAUUCAGACUCAGAUGAGUGAUUUUUAAAGAUUGACAACUAAAAUAGAUAAAGUUAUUGAAGAAGAAUAAAAAAUGCUGUAAGAUGAGUAAUUGAAAAUAUAAUAGGAUAUUGAAACUGCAAAAAACAAAAAGAAAAACCUAAUGAGUGAUGACUAUCAUAUACCUUAGAUGCUUUUAAGACCUCAAGCAAGUCUUGCUAGUUCUUUGUCCAAACCUCUUCCCAUCUAGAAUAAAUUCAACAACUCUAAAUCUAAAGUUAACUUUAAAAUUUAAGUCUAAAGUUCAACUUAAGACCUCCCAUCUACUAUCAGCAAGUAUAGUGGUGCUAAGAAGUAUGAGUACCUGUCUAAGAGGUUGGAUAAGAUGAGAGAUCUAGUAGAAGAUAUUAAAUAUAAGGAUUAUCUGAAGAGAGUCGAAAUUCUUAAUUAAAAGAAAGCCUAUCUGAGUACUUAUAGGUUUGUUUUAGGAAAGGAUGAAAAACAGAUUUUGAUAAAGGAAAUCGAAGAAAGAGAAGCUGCUGUCGAGCUGGAGGAAAAGGAAAUGUUCCUUAACGAAAAGGAAUGA